AUGAUCGAGAGGCAGCCUUUCCACUACAAUGAUUCCAGUAUGUCCAUAGACGAUGAAAAUAACCAAAUACGCGACCUGCUAUUGAACUCCCAGCGAUCUCCACAACAUCACAACAGAAAUAUCUUGGGUGACCUCUCUGAAGAUUCGCCUAAUGUUGCACCUAACGUGGAUACAGAUCAGCCUACAAAGAGGUUCUCGAUUUUAAGAAUGUUGAAGAAGUACUCAAGGUUUAUUGGACCUGGUCUAAUGGUCUCUGUGGCUUAUAUGGAUCCUGGGAAUUAUUCCACUGCGGUGGCUGCUGGUUCAGCCUAUAAGUAUAAGCUUUUGUUUUCUAUAUUGUUGUCUAACUGUCUUGCCAUCUUCUUACAGAUAUUGUCCGCCAAGUUGGGGGCAGUCACAGGGUUGGAUUUAGCAGCUAACUGCAGAGCAAACCUACCAUUCAAGUAUAACAUUAUCAUGUACGUAUUGGCAGAAUUAGCCAUCAUUGCGACAGAUUUGGCAGAAGUUGUCGGAACCGCCAUAGCACUUAAUAUUCUUUUCAAUAUUCCGUUGUUAUUGGGAGUUAUUGUGACUAUUAUCGAUGUUCUCAUUGUGUUGAUGGCCUACAGGCCCAACGGACCGUUGCUCUUCAUUAGAAUCUUCGAAGGGUUCGUUUCGCUCUUGGUUGCUCUUACUGUAGUUUGUUUCACCAUAGAACUCUACCAAGUGAGUCAUGACUCUGAGAUUCAGUUCAGCCUCGUUGAGGUGUUUAAGGGAUUCUUGCCCAACGAAAAAGUUGUCGAUAUGAGUGAACGUGAAGGAGGGAAUGGGCUCUUUUUGAGUUUAGCCAUCUUGGGGGCCACUGUUAUGCCACACUCUUUAUACUUAGGUAGUGGUGUAGUCCAAUCUAGAUUGAAAGACUUCGAUAUAAAGAAUGGAUAUUUUGAUCCAUUGUCAUUAGAAGAUAAGGAUUCAAAUGAGCAAGAUGUCAUUCCUGAAGCCAAUGAAGGCCCUGAAAUUAAUGACCCACAAGAAAAUGAUAGUGAGCCUGCUGUUGCUGGAAAGUUAUCGGAUGAUGCAAACCCGAUGAACUUAGAAGAUCAUUACAGACCAUCUAUUCACGCUAUCAACGAUACAAUGGCAUACACCAUGGUUGAAUUGGUUGUAUCUUUAUUCACAGUUGCACUUUUCGUCAACUCAGCUAUUCUUAUUGUGGCCGGUGCUACGUUACAAAAUGGUAACUCCAAGAGAGAUGAUCACAAUGAUGAUGGGCACCACAGCGAUUCUGAUAAUGAUUCUGAUGAUGACGAACCAUCCAACUACGCAAACGCUGAUCUUUUCACUAUCUAUAACUUGCUCUCUCUGCAUAUCUCACCAAGUGCUGGGUAUGUUUUCGCCUUGGCAUUAUUAUUUUCCGGUCAAAGUGCCGGUGUAGUUUGCACAUUGGCUGGCCAAAUGGUGCUGGAAGGCUUCUUGCUGUGGUCGCUUCCACCAGUUACUAGAAGGCUUAUCACCAGAGGAUUAGCUAUCGUUCCGUGCAUAGUGGUAGUUACACUUUCUGGAAGAGAAGGUUUGGCCAACGUUUUAAAUGGGAGUCAGGUGGUGUUAUCAGUUUUACUUCCAGUGGUCACUGCUCCCUUGAUUUGGUUUACUUCUUCCAAACAUAUUAUGCGUGUACCAUUGUUUGUAAGAGAUGGUGACGAAGAUGCGGACUUGGUAUACGAUGUGGAAGACGAUUCAUCUAUUCAAAUUGUCAGUACAAACGCAUCGGCGAUGACAGUUAGAAGCUUCACCAAGCCAAUCAAAUUUAAACUGACUGAGCCAGCAAUUAGGUUGCAAGACUUAAGAGCUGCGCAUCCAUGCGCUGGAUGGGAAGAGGAUGAGGAAUUGGAUAUGGAGCACAGAAGAUUGGUGCUUAAUACAGACGUAGAAAGACAUUACAGACAACAAGAAGAUACUAGAGAUUAUCCUAGCAACAGGGAUAACUCCGAGGCUACUACUGAUGAAACCUCUACACCUAUAUCAAGUCGAACAUUCAACACCGAUGCCUUAGAUAACAGUUAUAGAGUAAAGGGGUACAAAGAUAUGAGUAAUAGUCCAUUGACCACGUUCCUUGCUGUAUUAGUAUGGGGAUUUAUUGCAUCAUUAAACUUGUUCCUUAUCGGAAGUAUGGUAUUCGGAAAGGAAGUUCCCUUGUAG